GAAGGAGACUCCUAUCUAGAGUUGUAAAGUGUUUGUGGCAAAAAGACACGUGCUUAAAUCCAUGCUUGCCCAUAGUGAUUGUUGAAUAAUAAAUCAAUUUAAUUAAAUUUAAAUAAUUAAUUAAAUAUGAAGGUAAAAGGUUUACGCGUUAAUCCAUUGCAUCGAAUAUCGCAGAGUGGAAUUAAUGACUCCCAGGUUGAAAAUGUGUUAAAUAUCAAUGAAGUGAAUAGUAAAGAUACUAAACUCCCCAUUGAUGGUAAUUUUAGUCAAAUAAAAUGUAAAAUAGUUCGACGUCAAAAAAGAGAAAAAUUUAAAAGAGAAAAAGCAAAAGCUAAACGGGAAGCUAGAAAACUGAGAUUGCAGACUGGCGUAGCUAAGCAAGUACCUCAUACUAUAGAAAGUUUGCGCGAGAAAGAUGAAACAGUCAUACAUGGAAGUUUAGAUGAUCCAAAAAAUGUAGAAGUUAAAGAAGACAUUGAACAGGAUGAGUUUGCUUCAUAUUAUCGACAUGAUUAUGAACCUAAAGUUUUAAUAACAUAUUCUGACAAUCCUACUAAGAAAACAAGAAUUUUUGGCCGCGAAUUAACAAGAAUAAUUCCAAACUCAAUAUCAUUGUAUAGAAAUCGAUCUGGUGUUAAAAAGAUGGUGAAAAGUGCUACAGCCAAAAGUUUUACAGAUAUUAUUAUUGUGAAUGAAAAUAGAUCAGAACCAAAUGGCUUGCUGAUUAUUCAUUUACCGGAUGGUCCAACAUUACAGUGCAAAUUAAGCAAUGUGAAAAUUACUCCAGAAUUAAAACGUAGUCACAAAGAAAUUACUAAUCACCGCCCAGAAGUUAUUUUGAAUAAUUUUACGACUCGUUUAGGACAUUCAGUAGGCAGAAUGUUGGGCGCCUUAUUUCAUUAUCAACCAGAAUUUAAAGGGCGAAGAGUUGUUACAUUCCAUAAUCAACGUGACUAUAUUUUUUUCAGACAUCACAGAUACGAAUUUAAUUCAAAUACUGGGAAACCUAGGUUGCGAGAAUUGGGACCAAGAUUUACAUUAAAAGUUAAGUCUUUACAAUACGGAACUUUUGAUAGUAAGCAUGGAGAUUUUGAAUGGAUUAUUGAGGGACGUCGUCAUGAAAUGGAAACAAGUAGAAGGAAAUUCUUUUUGUAAAUGUAUAUUUUCUUUUUUUUGUUAAAUCUGAUUCAGUAACUCUUAUAUUAAAACUAAUUUACAAUUCUGAAA